AUGGCCAACGACGUCCUUCCGGCAUCUUCUUCCAUAGACCACGAACGCGCGCGCACCUCGUCGCAGCCAUCCGCGUUUUGGUUUGACGAUGGUUCCAUCAUCAUUGCAGUUGCAAGGGAACGCUUCAGACUUCACAAAUCCCUCUUAAGCAGGCACUCCUCUAUCUUUGAGUCGCUGCCUGUCUCGCAAAGCACAAGAGCCGAAACUAGAGACCCGCCAACGGUCGAGAUAUCAGAAGGCUUGGCGACCCCAAGAGACUUUACAGCUUUGCUGGAGCACCUGUAUCACGAUGUACCAAUAGACUCUGCUCCACUAUCCGCGGUAUCAUCUUUGCUACGCGUAACAUCUGACAAGUCCCUCAGAUUCCCCACUAUCCACAUCCUCGCCCGUGAACGGUUUCGCAUGCUCCUAGAACCGGAACCAGGGAUCGUGAACUUCAUCACGCCAGAAAAUCCAGAAGAGGCAUUGGGCCUUGCAGUGGAACACGACAUCCCAUCGGUACGAAAGGCACUAUACUACAGCGUCGCUACGACUUCUCAUUUUGAGCCCGACUCGACGCAUCCGUCGCUUCCAAGAUCGGUCACGGACCGCUGUGCAGUGCUGCAGGAGCAUCUCAUCACCCAUUUCACACCCAUCCUCUUUACGGUUGCGACAGCGGGACACAUGACAUGCACGGACGUAUUUGCGGAA